CCUCCGUCUCAUGUAUGAGGUGCCCUUAAAUUUUCCCUUAAAAUUUGGGUUAUACAAGUAUCAAUUGCACUUAAAAUUUCCAUUUUCCCAGCCUAUCACGUGCUAGGGGGCGCAAUAUCGGUGGUGUUACUCUGAUCUAUUUCGGUCAAUUUAUGUGACUAGUGGGGGGGCUUCGUAAUUUCCUUUCGAGGCUGCAGGAGAUAUUUGCUAUGGCUGAUGUAGGCUAAGAAGUUGCGCCUCCCCGAGAGAUAGAGAGAGAGAGUCGUGGCCGGCGGAGAUAAAUGGGAACGCCUUCGCCUAAGGGGAAGCCGAAAGAAACCGUAGAAGUUUCUAGGGGCUUCUGGAACACCUGACGGGGACUGUGACCCGACUCCCCACCCAGGCGACUGCUCUCCUCCAGAAGGCUAAUGCAGGAUUUCCGGUCGAUACCGGGAGUCGCGGGCCGCAUCUUCGGCGGCGGGGAGGACCCCAGGCGGCCGGGAGGGUACCCGGCCGCGGCGGCGGCCCAGCAACCGCCGAUCAAGUGCCCGCGGUGCGACUCCACCAACACCAAAUUCUGCUACUACAACAACUACAACCUCUCCCAGCCCCGGCACUACUGCAGGGCCUGCCGUCGCUACUGGACCAAGGGUGGCGUCCUCCGCAACGUCCCCGUCGGCGGGAGCUGCCGGAAAACUAAGCGCUCCUCCUCGUCCUCCUCCUCUGCUGGCGGCGAUAGAGACAGCCACCGAUCCGCCGCCUCCCUAUCCAGCAGCGACAACUGCAGCCUCACCGCCCCCACCAUCGAGGCCUCCACCUCCGUCUCCACCACCCCCUCCGCCUCCUUCCCCGACUCUACCCUCUUCGCCUCCUCCCAGACCUCCCUGCCCAACCCUCCCUUCCAUCCGCCGCCGCAGCUGGUGGGGUUGGACACCCUUGGCCACCAGGCACCGGAGAUCUUCCCGGAAGCGGUGGGGGCAAGCAGCUUCACGGGACUGUUGCCCGCCGCCGCCACUUCACCAUCGGCCCUCGGGUUCACCUUCUCCGAUCCGCUGCCGCUCGGUCCUCAGCAAUCGCCGCCGAAGGCAGCGUUCACGGUGGCGCAAGACAUCAGGAUGCCGGGAAUCAUGGAUCAGACGGUCCCCGUGGAUCUACCACUGUUCCAGGGGCGAUCGGGAGGUGGCAACGGCCACACCGGGCUGGAGUGGCCGGCAUCGAUGCCCCCUUCCCUCUUCGAUCUCACCAGCGCCGUCGAUCCGGGUGCGUACUGGAACCAGAGCCACUGGGGGGACGCCGAUCCCUCUCUCUAUCUUCCGUAAUUAAUUCCUUGUUAACCCCCAUAAUUAUUAAAAAACGGAUGAUCUUAUUUAACAAAAAAGAGAGAGAGAAAGGAUGUGUGUGUCUUUUUAUUAUGGAUGUGUUUGUUUUUUCUUUAACUUUUUUCUUUAUUAGGUUGUUUUCAAAAUUAUAGAAAUAUAGAACAAAAUGCAACAAGUUAUUUGUUUUUCCUCUAAAUCA